UCUAACCCCAAUGAUAAUAGGCUGUCAAUACUUUCUAUAGUGGGUAUGGGUGGGAUGGGUAAGACCACACUAGCUCAACAUAUAUUUAACGACCCAAAGAUUAAGGAAGCUCGAUUUGAUGAAAAGGUUUGGGUUUGGGUUUCUGAUGAUUUUGAUGUUUUGAAGGUAUCAAAAGCAAUUAUUAGGGCUUUCACUAAAUCAAAAGAUGAUAGUGAAGACCUGGAAAUGGUUCAUGGAAAAUUGAAAGAAAAGUUGACUGGAAGGAAGUUUCUCCUCGUUCUGGAUGAUGUCUGGAACGAAGACAGAGACCAAUGGAAAUCAUUGCAAACUCCUCUUAAGUAUGGGGCUAAGGGAAGUAAAAUUCUUGUCACAACACGCAGUAGCAAAGUAGCUUCUACCAUGGAGUCAAACACUAUACACCAACUAAAGCAAUUACGAGAAAAUCACAGUUGGAAAGUUUUUGCUAAACAUGCAGUGCAAGAUGAUAACUCUAAGUUGAAUUCUAAGAUGAAGGAGAUUGGCAUGAAGAUAGUUGAAAAGUGCAAAGGAUUGCCUCUAGCCCUUGAAACGGUAGGAUCUCUUUUACACUCAAAGUCAACUGUUUCAGAUUGGGAAGGUGUAUUGAGAAGCAACAUAUGGUAUAGUAAAAUCAUUCCCACUUUGUUGUUGAGCUAUUACCAUCUCCCUUCUCAUCUCAAGAGAUGUUUCGCUUAUUGUGCGUUAUUCCCCAAAAACUAUGAGUUUGAGAAGGAGAGCUUAAUUCUGCUAUGGAUGGCUCAAAAUUUUCUACAUUGCUCUCAACAAAGUAAGUCUCAUGAAGUAGGUGAACAAUACUUCAAUGAUCUGUUAUCAAGGUCAUUCUUUCAACAAUCAAUUAUAUCCGAUGAAACACGUUUUGUCAUGCACGACUUUGUUAAUGAUUUGGCCAAAUAUGUUUCUGGUGAAGUGUGUUUCAGGUUGGGAGUUGAUAAAGCAGAACGAGUACCAAAGACAACCCGUCAUUUUUCAACUAUGGAGGAUCCUUUUGAAUAUCGUGAGUUUAGGAGUUUAUCCGAUGCUAAAGGGCUACGGACAUUUUUGACCAUACAUGGGUAUUGUAGGAUGUCAAUACAAGAUUUGAUCUCCAACUUUAAGUUCUUGCGAGUCUUAUCUUUGUCUUUCUGUCGUAACAUAGAAGAGGUGCCUGACACUGUCGACAAUCUUAUACAUCUUCGUUUAUUAGACCUCUCAGGUACCAAAAUAGAGAGACUUCCUGACACAACGUGCUCACUCUGUAACUUGAAAGUGUUAAAGCUGAACAAUUGUUUAUAUUUGGGAGAGUUGCCAUCGACUUUGCAUGAACUCACCAAUUUGCGCCUCCUUGAACUUAUGGGAACUACUUUAAGAAAGGUUCCACUGCUUUUAGGAGAAUUGAAGAAUCUUCAACUAUGGAUGGGUAGUUUUGAGGUUGGCAACAAUGUUAGUGAGUUCAACAUUCAACAGCUAGAAGAACUUGAUCUUCAUGGAGAGCUCUCAAUUAAAAAUAUUGAAAAUAUUGUGAAUCCCUGUGAUGCCUUGGCAGCGGAUUUGAAGAAUAAAACACAUCUUGUAGGGCUACAUUUAGAGCGGGAUUUGAAGCGGAACAUUGACGAUUCAAUAAAAGAAAGAGAAGUACUUGAGAAUCUGCAACCUUCCAAACAUUUGGAGAAGUUGAAAAUCGAUGGCUAUUGUGGUACAGAAUUUCCCAAUUGGUUAUCUGAUAAUUCCCUCUCAAAUGUUGUGUCCUUAGUCUUGAUGCGUUGUAAACAUUGCCUAUGGUUGCCUUCCCUUGGACUUUUUACAUUUCUUAAGGACUUGACAAUUGACGGCCUUGAUUCAAUAGGAAGGAUAGAUGCUGAUUUUUAUGGGAACAGUGGUUCUGUAUUUGCAUGCUUGGAAACAUUGAGCUUUACUGAUAUGAAGGAAUGGGAAGAAUGGCAUUGCAUACCAGGUGCUUUUCCAAAUCUUCAAAGACUUACUGUGAAGAAUUGCCCCAAGCUGAAAGGGCACUUGCCAGAGCAACUUUCUCAUUUAAUGGAACUAACUAUUAAGCAUUGCGACCAACUUGUGGGUUGGAUUCCAAGGGCUGUAGAAAUUGAAGAUGUGAAGAUGGAGCCAUCAUCAGUUGAUAUGAUUGGGUCAGGCUUAUCUGAUACACCUCUUGAAUACUUGAUUAUUACUUCUUGUCCGAGCAUUAAUAUUCCCAUAAACCAUUGCUACCAUUUCCUUGUAGAAUUGGAGAUCAGACAUGGCUGUGACUCUCUCAAGACCUUCCCUCUAGAUUUGUUCCCAAAACUCCGUAAGCUUAUAUUAGAAGAGUGUUGUAACCUACAAGUUAUACCGCAGGAGCAUCCUCAUAGUCAUUUGAAGCUUUUGGAAAUUAUAAAAUGCUCUGAAUUUGAAUCAUUUUCCAAUGAAGGACUAUUUGCACCUCAGCUAGAGUCCUUUCGGAUUGUGGGACUGGAGAAAUUGAAAUCAAUGCCUAAACGCAUGUCUUCCCUACUUCCAUCACUUAAUAACUUGUUCAUAUUUGACUGUGCAGAAGUGGAGUUUUCUGAGGGAUGUUUGCCAUCAAAUCUAAAUGUGAUGUUUCUCUUGAAUUGCUUCAAACUUGUUGCCUCACUAAAGGGGGCUUGGGGAACCAACCCUUCCCUAAAAUCCUUGUAUAUUCAUAAGGUGGAUUUGGAGUGUUUUCCGGAUGAAGGUUUGCUCCCACCCUCUCUUACUAAGCUAAGCAUAGAUAAUUGUCCAAAUCUUAAGAAACUGGACUACAGGGGUCUCUGUCACCUCUCCUCUCUUCAGAGAUUGAGUCUUUAUAAUUGUCCAAUACUCCAAUGCUUGCCAGAGGAGGGCCUGCCCGAAUCCAUUUCAGAACUCGAAAUUAAAGACUGUCCGUUGCUCAAAUAGCCCUGCAACAAACAAGAAGGUGAAGACCGACAAAAAAAUUGCUUACAUUAAAACCAUAUGGGUUGAUAACGAAAGUAAACGUAAAAGACGAAGUAGAAGUUGGAAAAUACUAAAGCUCCAAUUCUCAUAAGCUUACAUUGUCGACAGAUAUUCUCUUUUGAAGUUGGAUGAGGAUGCUUAUGUUUAGUACAUUCUUAAAGUCUUACAAUCUGCAUUGCUGUCAUCUAAUUACUGAACACUGUUUCUAUGGAAUUAGCUUGAAAGAGUAGCCAAUCAAGAGCAUUCAAGAUUUUAAAAUUGUUUGGACAUAAGAGAUCGUAGGAUUUAAACUCACACUUAAAUUCUUAACACAAGACCCACCAUCUUGGUGAAAAUCGAUGUUGUCAUGGACACUAACAUGCUACAGCAAGUUGAUCAUGUUGUUCACGAUUAAGGGAGGUGACGCUAAUGAUGUUGUUAUGAGCAUCUUCGGUUCGGUUGUUGAAUUUUAAUGGUGGAGCAGACCCAUCCAAGAAGUGCAUGAAUAAGUUAGAAACAAAUUUUGUUAUUUUUUUAGUUUUUAGUUUUCACAGAGUUUUACAUAAUUCUGUAUGUAUUCUAUUGACUAUCAAAUCCAAUAAAAAUAAGAUUUACCAAAACUAAGAUAAAAAGGGAUUC